AGGAGCAGGAGGAGGAGAAGAGGAGGCGAUGACCGAUAACGAGGAGGAGGACGAAGAAGAGAAGGGGAAGGCGGUGGCGUCCAUGGAGGCAGAUAAGGUGAUGAAGGGGGAGGCGACGGCAAUGGACAAGGCAGAGGCAAUGAACGGGGAGGCCCCGGCGAUGGAGGGGAAGGCCGCGACAAUGGAGUCGGCGGCAAUGAAGGGGGAGGCGGACACGAAGGCAGAGACGGGGAAGGGGAAGAAGGGCGACGAGAAGGAAGAAGACAAGAACUCGGAGGAGGGGAAGGACGAGAAGAAAAAGGACAGGAAGAAGAGCAAACGAAGAAGAGGAGGAGAGGAGGAGGCGGUGGUCGAUAAGGAGGACGAGGACAAAGAAGACAAGGGGAAGGCGGUGGCGUCCAUAGAGGCAGAUGUGGUGAUGAAGGGGGAAGCCGGUGGCGAUGGACAAGGCGGAGUCGAUGAAGGGGGAGGCCCCGACGAUGGAGGGGGAGGCCGCGAGACGAGGAGAGAAGCGGAAGGCGGUGGUGUCCAUGGAGGCAGCGAUGAAGGAGGAGGUGGCUGGGACAAUGCAGGUGGCCCAAUGGAGCCAGACUCAGCGUCGUCAGCGAUGGAGGGGUAUGCUGCGGCGAAGGCCGACACGAUGAAGGAGGAGGAGCAGGAAGAAAAGGAGGACGAGAAAGGGGAGGAAAAGGGGGGGGAGGAGGACGAGGUGAACGAGGAGAUGGACGAGGAAAAGGAGGAGGUAGAAGAGAGGGACGAAGAAAAAGAUAAGGAGGACGACGAAGGAGAAGAGGGGGAGGAUGAUGACGAAGAAGAGGUGGACGCGGAGGAUGACAAAAGGAAAAAUGCGAGGAGGAGGACAACGACGACAAGCAUUCUCCAAUGUCGUUAAACAGUAGCAAGGGAUGACCCGCAUGCGAGUUUACUAGCUCGUCGGCCACUACAGGCAUUUUCACAUUUCAAUAAAUUUGUACAGACAUU